AUGCCGUUCCUCAAGUCGGCCCUCGCGGCUGCAGCUCUUGCUGUCUCGUCUGCCGCAGCCUGGGAUAUCAAGGUCUCGUCGUCUGGCGGUAACGCUACCAGCGGCCACCAGUAUGGUUUCCUCCAUGAGGACAUCAACAACUCCGGCGACGGCGGCAUCUACGCCGAACUGAUCCGCAACCGCGCCUUCCAGUACAGUGAGGCCUACCCCGUCUCCCUCGACGGCUGGCACUCCGUCAACGGCGCCGAGCUCAAGCUUAACCGCCUGGAGCUUCCCCUGUCCGACGCCCUCCCCGUCUCCGUCAAUGUCGCCGCCGACACAUGCGACUCCGGUCCCGUCGGCAUGGCCAACGACGGCUACUGGGGCAUGGACGUGAAGGUGCAGAAGUACACCGGCUCGUUCUGGGUCCACGGUUCCUACGAGGGCAACUUCACUGCCUCCCUCCAGUCGGCCCUGACCGACGAGGUCUUCGGCUCCGUCGAGAUCGUGUCGCAGUCUGUCGCUGACGACUGGGUCGAGCACGAGUUCGAGCUCAUCCCCGAGACGGAUGCCCCCAACAGCAACAACACCUUCGCUAUCACCUUCGACCCCGAGGGCACUGCCGAUGGAUCCCUCGACUUUAACCUGAUCAGCCUGUUCCCCCCUACCUACAAGGACCGCAAGAACGGUCUCCGUGUCGACCUUGCUCAGGUCCUUGCUGACCUUCACCCGACUAUCAUCCGUCUCCCCGGUGGCAACAUGCUCGAGGGUCUUGACAACCGGACCUGGUGGGACUGGAAGGACACUCUUGGCCCCCUGCGUUACCGUCCCGGUUUCCAGGGAGUCUGGGGUUACCAGCAGACUCACGGCCUUGGUCUCCUGGAGUACCUCCAGUGGGCCGAGGACUUUGAUCUCGAGAUUGUCGUCGGCGUCUUUGCCGGUCUGGCCCUCAACGGCGACAUCACCCCCCCUGAGAAGCUGCAGCCCUUCAUCGACGACGCCCUGGACCAGAUCGAGUUCAUCAUCGGGCCCCCCGACUCCGAAUGGGGUUCCGUCCGCGCCUCUCUGGGCCACCCCGAGCCCUUCCGCCUGCUGUACGUCGAGAUCGGCAACGAGGACUGGCUGGCCGGCGGCGAAGCCGGCUGGCAGUCGUACAUGGAUUACCGCCUGCCCAUGUUCCAGGCCGCCGUCAACGAGGCCUACCCGCAGCUCCAGGUGAUCGCCUCCGGCUCGACCCACGAGGGCCUCGAGAUCCCCGAGGGCGUCCUCGGCGACUACCACCCGUACCGCACGCCCGACGAGCUGGUCGAAGAGUUCGACAAGUUCGACAACGACGUCGCCCACAUCAUCGGCGAGGUUGCGGCCACGCACCCCAACGGCGGCAUCGGCUGGGACGGCGAGCUCUUCACGUUCCCCUGGUGGAUCGGCACCGUCGGCGAGGCCAUCUCCAUGAUCGGCUACGAGCGCAACGCCGACCGCAUCCCCGCCACCUUCUACGCCCCGAUCCUCCGCAACAUGAACCGCUGGCAGUGGGCCAUGACCAUGGUCCAGCACGCCGCCGACCCGGCCAUGACCACCCGCUCCACCAGCUGGUACCUCUGGGAGCUCAUCGCCGCCCACAUCAUGACCCACACCCUCCCCGCCGAGGGCGACAUCGGGCCGCUGUACUACGUCGCCGGCAAGAACGAGGACAAGGGCUCGUUCAUCUGGAAGGGCGCCGCCUACAACACCACCGACUCGGCCCCGAUCCCCGUCUCCCUCUCGUUCGAGGGCGUCGAGGAGGGCACCAAGGCGCUCCUGACCAUGCUGACCAACGCCGAAGAGGACAAGGACCCCUAUGCGUACAACGACCCCCACCUGGGCAACAACGCCGUCGAGCGCACCACUUUCGUCCUCACCGCCAACGAGGAGGGCGCCUUCGAGUUUGACAUGCCCGAGCUCAGCAUUGCCAUCCUCGACACCGACCUCAACUGCCCUAACCCCAGCAAGAGGAAGCGUGCUCUGAAGAACUAGGGGCAGCAUUGUUCGUCAAUAAGUGUAUACUAUAGCGACCAGACAAUAUAAAACCGACUCUCUGC